AUGGGAAUCCUUCAUAUUCUACUCUUGGUUGCGACCUUCGUAACAUCUUCAAAUUGCGAUUGUAUUCGAUAUCUCGAAUCUGACAAUUCAAUCGUUCAAUUGGCAACAACUCAAAGAUCACAAGGAAAUCUGAGCUAUGCAGGUAAGGAACGAGCGCUGUGCGCGAGUGUAAACCGCAAGCUUCCGCGUAGCGGUCAAGUUACACUACUUGUAAGCGUAAUUUGGCCGCUGAAGCGGAAGAUAGUGCCGCUGCGCGGAAGCUCGCGUAAACCAGUAUUCUCCAGACUGUCAAACUCUCUGCCAAUCCAAUGCCUCCUGUGUCAUCGCAUCAAGUCUCGCUUCCGGUGAAUGUUUAACAGUUGAUUUCGGAAAUGCCAAACUCGUUCAUCAAAGUGGCCAAUAUUCCGGUUCAAAGUUAUCAAUCAAAGUAAACGUGCCAGAUGAUUCGUGCAAUUUGACAGACGAAGAGGUUUUACAAGGACUUCGAAUGGGCGGAUUGACGGGUUCGACGAAUUAUGCAAAAUAUAGAUAUUGGCAAGUUAUGCAAAAGAGAUCCGAAUCAUAUUGUGUUUAAUCAUGCUUUGAAACUUGAUCAUGGUGAUUGUUGGGAUUCGUGGUAUGAAGGAGAUCAACAAUUCUGUUAUACUGUAAGUUGGGAAAACGAGCGGAGCGAGUCUAAGCCGGAAGCUCCCGCGUAGCGGCUAGUUACCAUAACUUCUUGAGAUUCAGAAGUUAGGUUAACUGGCCGCUGAAGCGGAAGAUAGUGCCGCUUCGCGGAAGCUUCCGGUUUAGACUCGCUUCGCUCGUAAAAGCGGUCAGUUAACCUAACUUCUAAACCUUAAGAAGUUAUGGUAACUGGCUGCUAAACCAAUAUUCUUUACGAGCGGAGCGAGUGUAAACCGCAAGCUUCCGCGUAGCGGCACAAUCUUCCGCUUCAGCGGCCAGUUAAGCUAACUUCUUAAGGUUCGGAAGUUAGGGUAACUGGCCGCUAAAUCGACAAAGGAAAAUACGAACUGUCCGAAACUUGUACGUUUCGGACCGGUGUUGAAAACGGCCAGUAACCACUCGAAAACCGGCCGGUUUGUGCUCGAAUUCAACAAAAACGGCCGGAUUUUGGAAAACCGGUCAGAAACCGGCCGAUUUUUGAGUGGUUACUGGCCGUUUUCAGCACCGGUCCAAAAAGUACAAGAUUCGGACAGUCCGGCCAGUUUGCAUUCGCCUGUGCGAUAUUUUUACGAGCGGAGCGAGUGUAAACCGGAAGCUUCCGCGUAGCGGCACUAUCUUCCGCUUUAGCGGUUAGUUACCAUAACUUCUUGAGGUUAAGAAGUUAUGGUAACUAGCCGCUGAAGCGGAAGAUAGUGCCGCUACGCGGAACCUUCCGGUUCACCCUCGUUCCUCUCAUAACCAUAUCAAUUUCCAGUUCCUCUACGGCUCCUACGAUCAAACAACAGCUCGUGAAACCUGCGACCUCUUCAAUGCUCAUUUAUACGGUGCAGCUUUCCCAGUCGACGAUGCUUGGUACGCAGCCCUCGGAAUGCGUCGAAAAUCAAUCAGCGGUGGUUCAAUUCUAUUGGGAGCUCGUAGAAAUUACACCUGUUUGGGGCAAAGCACCGGAAAGUGUGCGAAAGGAAAGGGAUUCCAAUUUACUGAUGAAUAUGUCACCGAAUUGCAUCCACGUAAAUUCAGAUUCGGGGCUGGAUAUCCAAUCGCCGGAAAGUGAGUUAUCCUAACUUCUGGGGGACUCUUCAAUAAUAAACUAUGUAUUUCCAGAGAUUGUUAUGCUCUCCAAGUUCCACUCGCUUCAAAUGGAACCAAUUAUCAAUUCAUCAAUGUGAAUUGCGAUGGAACUUCUGAAGAUCUUGUUGGAAUCGCAUGUGCUGCUCCAUUGAUUCGCGAUCUUCCACAAAAUUAUUAA